CGGUAACCCUCUGUUGUCGUACACUCUAAACAAAUAAGAUGAUGCUGCUGCCGCCGCGGCUAUCUCCGCUGUCGAGAAACUUGGUAGCUUGGCGUCCGCUCCUCCUCCUUUCGUCUCGCAACAUUGUAGGCUCUACUAAUCCUCGUUGCUCAGUCGUACCUCCGUCGCCGGCUGUUGCAGCUUCUGCUAGGCCGUACCCGGCGGAGGAGUUAUGUGCGCUGGAGCAGCUCAAGGUCGAGGUCGGUACGGAGCACCACCUAGAUUGGUUUCUAGGGUUCAAGAAUUUGAUGAACAGCUACUACAAGGGCCGCGUAGGGAGGGAUGUGCUCCCCGGUUUGAUAAUGGAAUCGAUUCUCAAGUUCAGGGCUGAAACCAAUAAUAAGGAGUUGCCGGAGGAGAUUCAGGGUGUCUAUAUAGAGAAAGAAGCGAUAAUCCUCAGGGGAGAUUGGAUUAUAGAGUUGCAGAACUUGUUGAGGGAAUACCUCAAAGGCAAAAAGCAUUUGCUUCCUGCGAUCAGGAAAAAGCUUCUGAAGAUGAGACUGUCAGGGAAGCAUGAUCACAUGGUGACCGCGUAUCCAGAUGUGAUGUGCAGAGCAGCUCAAGUGACAUAUACAACAACCAGAGCCGAAUACUUCGACAAUUAUGCCAACCUCAUUCUUCCAGAUGAUAUCAAGGACAAAUUGGCGGAGAAGGUCAGAUUGUUAGUCCCUUCAGAGUUCAUCGAGGAAGAGUAUGUCAAGGGGGGGCUGAUGAGGAAGUUAAGGCGCUAUUCGGAGAUUAAUUAUGAGGAAGAGCUUGAGCUGUAUAGAGAAUUUGAGAGUGAAGUACUGAUAGAUUAUAUAAACAGAGUGGAAGCCAAGGAGGAGGGUGCAACAACACAAUUUUAUCGUUUUGACGAUGAUGAUGAUGAGAAGAAUGCUCGUGAAGUUGUCAGGAAAUACAAAGCCUUGACCGAUGAAGUUGUGAGUAAGUGUCCAAGGAGAUAUAUUUUCGAUGAACCAAAAGAGUUGGCAUAUAUACACACAGAUUGGGCUCGCCGGCUCCACUAGAGUCAUCUACUGAAUUUGGUUUUAUCGCUUGGGCGAAUGUAUAAUCUUUAAUAAUCCAAUCUGAUAGAUUUUGUGCUCCAGUGAUUUAUGCAUAUUUCUCUUUGAUUCCUCCUAACAUUUUGGAAGCUAAAGAUUCUUAUUUAGUGAUGAAUUUGGUGUUAUCGUUUUAUUUUCUGAAUGAGACCAUGAGAGAAGAAAGAGCUGGGGAUGCGGAGUGGUCUUUCUGAAUUGUUAUGCGGUACAGGGUUAACUUAUCCGACGAAAGUAAAGGGAAGGACAAUCAUCAAUCUGCCUCCAAUUUCAGCACCAAUCUGGAUUGAGAUAAGGAGUUUGAUGGGAAAACGAAUUUGGUCGGAUGGGAAACGAUUUUAUAGUUUUAUUUUUGUUUAUUAAUUUAGUGAUGUGGAAAUUUUAGGGUAAAUGACAGAAAUAUUGUUUUUUUUUUAAUUUACCACGAAUAUGGCCAAUUAAAAACUAUUUACAAAGAUAUUGUGGUUUUUAGUAAGGAUUGGGGCGGGACCACCUGAGACUCAGGCGGGACUAAAUUUUUACUCAGUCCUGGGCGCCGGCGCCCCAGUCUCAAGCGGCCCCGCCUCAGACAAAUUUUUUUAAUUAGUCUGAGGCGCUGGCGCCCGAGACUCAGGCGGGAGCGCCCCGGAAUAAUUUUUUUUUAAUUUUGGACGGGCCCCUCCCACCUUAUCCCCUCCCCACCACCACACAUAUCCUCCCUUCUUCUUCCUCCCCACAACCCCGAACCAGCAGACCCAACCUCCUCCUCCCUCCUUCUUCUUCCUCCACCCCAACCCCGAACCGCCGCCCGCCGCCCGCAGCACCGCCCCAGACUCAGGCGCCGCCGCCGCACACUCGGGCGCCGCCGCCGCAGAGAGGAGCGCCGCCGCCGCAGACAGUAGCGCCGCCGCCUUGGACUGAACCGCCGCCGCCCGAGAUGUCCUCCGACGAAGAACCAGUCGCCGCCGGCAGAGGCAGAGGUAGAGGUCGGCGAGGUCGUGGUGGAGCCGGCGGCCGUUUGCGCGGUGAGACUCUCUUCGGCAACUUGAUUUUUUUUUUAAUGUUUUGUGUUUUUUUUAAUGUUUUGUUGCUUUGGUUUUGCAGUUCCGAGGCUUAUGGAUCCUUAUUCGAUGAGAUUACCGCCGGCGACAAUUGAUCCAAGUCCGGUCGAUCCGACACUUCUUUGGGGACACGGCCAACAUCGUAUCGACUCUGUUUGGACAAACGAGGUAAGUAUUUGAUAAUUAUUCAUGUAAAGUUAAUUAGCUAAUUAGAUUAUUUUAGGUAGUGAACUGAACUGAACUGUUAGGUGAAAUUAGUAUAAUUUUAUGUUAGAUAAGACAGAUUAGAAUUUAUUAGGUGAAAUUAGAAUUAUUACGAAUGAAAAUGAAUUAAUAUAAGUUUUGUGCACUA